AUGGGCAUCCUACGACACUUCCCCUUCUCCUCCUCCACCACCACCCUGCAGGCCCUGACAUACCUGCUCGGCAUCUCCCUCUUCUCCAUCUCCUUCCUCGUCUUCCUCAACAGCAGCGUCUCCUUCGUCAUCACCGACCUCAUCGGCGAGAAGCAUGGCGUCGGAGACAUCGUCGGCACCCUCGGCUUCGUGGACGAGCUCGUCGCCCUCGUGGCCUGUCCCGUCUGGGGCCUCGUCUCCGACCGGCUGGGAGUCCGCCAUGUAGCCGUCAUCGGCUACUCCAUCAUUGCGCUGUCGCUGUUCGUCUUUGUCCAGGCGACCAAUGUCUACCCGCAGCUCCUGCUGGCGAGGAUACUCUUUGCCAUUGGCGCCACUGCUACGGCGACUAUGGUCACGGCCAUCCUGCCGUCCCUGACAGACGACUCGCCCCCGCCGCCAGAGGCUCCAAGCAACCACCCCUUGAACAAGAGCCGCAACCCGAGAUACAGCUUGGCCCUGUCCAUGGAGUCACAGCUCACCAUCACCCCCGAGCGCUACGCCAGAAGCCACUCCACGAUCGGCACCUCCAACGGCGACGCGGCAGAGGCCGACGCCGGCUCGGGCAAGCCGUCCGCGCUCGCCGGUCUGGUCGGGCUCUUCACGGGCUGCGGCGCCCUGGUGGCCCUCAUCCUGUUCCUGCCCCUGCCGGCGUCCUUCAGCCACAUCGACGGCGUCACGCUGGGCCAGGCCGUCUCGUACGCCUUCUACGUCGUCGGCGUCGUCUCCCUGCUCGUCGCCGUCUUCGUCUUCUUCGGGCUGAGGAACCUCAGGGGCGAAGAGGGCAAGGGCUGGAGGCUGCUGCUGGGCAUCCGCGCCCCCGAGUCCUCGGCUCCGGCGACGGACCGCCGCGCCAGCAUCGGCGCUUCCUCUAUCCGCGAAGACGCCCAGAAGGUACGCUAUGUCCCGACUUGCAUGCUUCCCUUCUAUACACUAUCGAAAUCAGGCAUGACUAACUUUCUCCCCCUCCCCUUGCGACAGAAGGUCGUCCCCUACUGGCACCUCCUGCGCGACUCGGUCCUUCUCGGCUUCUCCGACUCGCAGAUCGGCCUCGGCUACCUGGGCGGCUUCGUCGCCCGCGCCUCCACCGUCGCCAUCUCCCUCUUCGUCCCGCUCUUCGUCAACGCCUUCUUCAUCCGCAACGGCUACUGCCAGGGCAGCCCCAACGACCCCUCCCCGGAGCUCAAGAAGGAGUGCCGCACCGCCUACGUCCUCGCCUCCGUCCUCACGGGCGUCGCCCAGCUCGCGGCCCUGCUCUGCGCCCCGCUCUUCGGCUACUUCUCGCGCCGCCGGGCCGCCGUCAACGUGCCGCUCGUCGUCUCGACGGCGCUCGGCAUCGUCGGCUACGUCGCGUUCCCGAGGCUGCCGAGCCCGGAGUUCAGGGACGUCGACGGCCGCGGCGGCUCGCCCGCCGUGUUCCUGCUCGCCGUGCUCAUCGGCGUCAGCCAGAUCGGCGCCAUCGUCUGCAGCCUCGGCUCCCUGGGCAAGGGCGUCCUGGCCGCCGACCUGCCCAAGGUCCGCCGGAGCCGGCGGGACCACCACCACGGCGAGGAGGCGGAGCGGCUGCUCGACGACGCCGACGGCGAUGACCACCUUGUCGAGGACGAUGACGACGAUGACGAUGAGCCCGGGGCGGUGGCCACGGCGUCCCGCGUGCGGCUCAAGGGCUCCAUCGCCGGCGUGUACUCGUGGUGCGGCGGCGCGGCCAUCCUGCUGCUGACCAAGCUGGGCGGGUACCUGUUCGACGCCGUGUCCACGGGCGCGCCGUUCUACAUGAUGGCCGUGUUCAACGGCGUGCUGCUCGUGGCUGCGCUGGGCGUGGAUGCUUCGCGGGUGUUUCGGCGGGAGAUGAGGAAGUGA